AUGGACGAUCUGCCCGUUUACGAGAGGACUCUAUCUGUACCUCAGUUGCUCGAGCAGCUGCCGCGCGAGAUCUCAAGUCUCGUUCGGUCUGCUUCGGGCAACCAGUACUUACAUGCGCUUGCGCUUGGCGCAUUAAACACGACACUCACAGAAAGCGUAUUCAGAAUUUACGAGCCAGUGGUGGUGGACUUGGCUGCAAGAUGGCUGCGAUCCGAUAUUAGUACCGACUAUAUUCACGUUCUCUCGGCUUUCGCAAGGAUUCUUCCCUUCGCGCCCUAUCUACGACCUUUUGCAAGCCAAUAUGCUCUGUCACCAACGGGGCCCCAGUCAGCUCUGACUGACUCCAAGGAACUCACAAUUCGUCAAUUGGACACAAAUAGCACCAGAAAACUGCUUCUUACACUUUUCCGACUUCUUUCAUUCGACUUGGAGACGUUCUCAAAGGCCGUAUCCCCGAUCCAGCUCCAAUCCCUCUUCCCACACCAAGAUCGAGUUGUCCGAUACCUUGCCGUACGAUGCUUUGCCCUAUAUAUGCACGCCGCCGAUGCAGCAACCGAAAAUAUGCUGCGUGUCAAUACUGGCACCGACCCGAUUGAAGGAGACUGGGAAGGAAUCACAGUUGACUAUCGCCUUUUGGGCCUGUGGGAGGAGCGUCGGUGGGCGACUCUCGAGAGCUCUAUCCGGAAAUCCCGAGCAUCAAGAUCCGAUGCCGACGCUAUGAAACUUAUCGAGGAUACCCGUGAUUUCUUCACCAGUCGAUCUGCUGAUAUAUGCGGUGUUUUGAUUCCCCGCCUGAAAGAUGCACACCCGUCUCCUUCUUCCGUUGUCGAGACUCCUACGGCAACUGCCAAUCUGCGUCGGAUCGCGACAUCUCUCCUUGGAUUCAAGCCCAUACUUUUAGUUGGUUUGCCUAAUGCAGGAAAGACCACGCUCAUCGAUCAUAUCGCAGCUAAGAUGGGCCAGUCAGAGUCAAUGGUCACUUUGCAUCUCAACGAGCAGACAGAUGCGAAGAGUCUACUUGGAAUGUACGCCACAUCUUCCGCAUCAGGGUCCUUUUCAUGGCAGCCAGGUGUCUUGACAAAGGCUGCGAGAGAGGGCCGCUGGCUCUUGAUUGAGGAUUUGGAUCGUGCUCCAUCCGAAGUGCUUGGUCUCAUCCUUCCAAUCAUCGAGAGAGGCGAGUUGACAAUCGCCAGCCGAAGGGAGCGGAUCAAGUGCGCAGAAGGCUUCAAAAUUAUCGCGACCAUGAAGUCUUCCUACAAUAUUGCUGGAGAGGAAAUAGCACCUACUACCUCCAUGCUUGGCAACCGGCUAUGGCAAAGAGUUCCGGUCACUUCUCUGCCCGUUGAAGAAAUGCGGGAUGUAAUCUUGCAAAAAUUCAGCCUCCUUGAGUCUCGAGUUCCAACCAUCAUGGACGUCUAUGGCAGAAUAUGUGCGGCUUUCCACGGUAGUCUGGCCAUCAAAGGAUCCCAGGGACGUACUCCUGGCUUCCGCGACUUGAUCAAGCUUUGCAGUCGCUUGAACCAUCGUCUGCAGCGCAUUGGUGCUAAGACCGGCUAUGAACCUACCCCAGAAGGCGUUGAUGACGAAAUUCUUUUGGACAUAGUUGAUGUUUUCCUCAAGUACAUCCCCGACAAGUUGAUGCAAAUGAGCCUCGCUUCUGUUGUCUCCGAGGCCCUUCAGAUCUCCCCCGCAGAGAGCACAGUUUUGCCUUGA